GAAACUGAAAGCAGUUUGGAAAUUAGUUACACUUUCGAUAUUACUUAGUCUCGUAACAUUUCGGGUGAAACAAACUCACUAUAAAAGUAUUAGGCAAAUUUUCCAAGAAAAUAAUCAAGCUAGAUCAAGGUCUGCUUGCAGCAUAAUGGCUGGAUUCUCCAUGGCCGAACCAAUGUGUCUGAUUGAAAAUGGCAAGGAUGGCAAGCUGUGCGUCCAGCCCAAAGCAUUCAAGAUCCUGGAGCAAAUCAGACAGCGAGUUGUGGUUGUGGCAGUGGUAGGACACUAUCGCACUGGCAAGUCUUACCUCAUGAACCAGCUGGCUGGAAAGAGGAAUGGAUUUGCCCUGGGAGCCACCAUACAGUCCAAAACUAAGGGCAUCUGGAUGUGGUGUGUACCUCAUCCCGUUAAAAAGGACCACACUCUGGUGCUCCUGGACACCGAGGGGCUGGGCGAUGUGGAGAAGGGAGAUCAGAAAAAUGACACAUGGAUAUUUUCCCUGGCUGUACUGCUGAGCAGCAUGCUGGUGUAUAAUAGUAUGGGAACCAUCAAUAACGAAGCCCUGCAGCAGUUGCACUAUGUCACAGAACUGACAGAGCGCAUCAAGGUGAAAUCACAGCAGGAUGAAGAUGAAGAUGAGUCCACUGAGUUCUUGCGAGUCUUUCCCUCCUUUGUAUGGAGCGUUCGAGAUUUCACGCUUAUGCUGGAGCUCGAUGGGAAGCCAGUUACCGCUGAUGAGUACCUGCAGAAUGCGUUGAUGCUAAAACCUGGUUAUUCAAAAGCUGCCCAGAUGUACAACUUGCCUCGCAGCUGCCUUAGGAAUUAUUUCCCCACCCGCAAGUGCUUUGUGUUUGAUCGUCCUGCAACGACAGAAAAAAUGCGCAUUCUAGAUACACUUGCUGACGCAGACUUGGAUCCCAGCUUUGUGAAGCAGGUCAGGGAGUUCUGCUGUCACGUCUUCAGCACCGCUGAAAGCAAAACUCUGAAAGGAGGUGUCCAUGUGACAGGCACAUUGCUGGGAAACCUGGUGAAGAUCUACGUGGAUGCAAUCUGCAGUAACCAGAUCCCUUGUUUAGAAAAUGCAGUGCUGAGCUUGGCACAGAUUCAGAAUGCCAAAGCAGUAGCUCAGGCCAUAGAUCACUACAAGGCUCAGAUGGUGGAGAGGGUUGCCUAUCCGACUGAAUCACAAGAGGAACUGUCACAAAUUCACCGUGUCGUAGAGAAGGAGGCACUGAAGAUUCUCAUUGACUGCUCUUUUAAGGAUGAUGAUCAGAAAUAUCAACAAAUGCUCUUGCAAAGUCUGAACGACAUGUAUGUGGAAAUCUUGGUCAAAAACAUAGAGGAAUCCAAGAAAGUUUGUGAGUCCAUCAUCAAGCAUGUUUUCCAACCUCUAGAAGAUCAGCUUAGCUCUGGCCGCUACGUGUCAUGCGGAGGUUACAAAGCCUUCUGUGCUGACAUUCAGAGAUUCAUCAAUCAGUACAGAUCAACAUCUGGCAAAGGAGUGCAGGCUGAGGAAGCCCUGAAGAAAUAUUUGGAUGGUAAAAAGGCCUUUCAGGACUCCAUACUGACCGCUGACCAGUCUCUCACUGAAGCUGAGCACCAGAUUCAAGCUGAACAGGCAAAGACUCAGGCCCUUGAGCAGCAGCAUCGUGCUGAGAAGGAGAUGAAUGAUAUAUAUGAGAAACUGCAAAAGGACCAGGAGCAGAGCUACAAGGAGCUUAUUCAGCAGCUGAUGGAGAAAAUGGAAGAAGACAGGCUGAAUGCCGCAAAGGAGUAUGACAGAGUGCUGGCAGCUAAACUGAAGGAACAAGAGGACCUUCUCAGCCAGAACUUCAGCGAGAGAGCAGAACUUUUGCAACAAAACAUACAUGCCCUCAAGCGGGAGAAGAAAGAAAUGGAAUCAAAUAAGCCUUCAGUACUUGGCAACAUUCUAGAAUCUGUAGGAACCGCUGCCAUGUUCUUACCGGGGGGCAUUUCAACAGUCGUGGGCGUUGCUUCCUUAUUGUGUUCACGAUUGUUGAAAUGAAGCUGCUCCCCAGGGUUUGCCUGACAGUCCCAAGUAAAUAAAAAUAUAAAUGUACAAGAAUUCUGAAAACAAGCAGCAUAACUGACAGCCAUGGUAUGCUUUUCAAAAUUACAAAACUAAAAAAUUAAAAUCAUAAGGUUCAUUAACGGUAGCCGUGCUCAUUCAUAUAUAAUCUUUCUUCUUUAAGGCAUAUACACACAAUGGUGAGAAUGAGGCUGGGGAAGUGCAGGGUCAGAUAUUACAACCUUUCUCUGUUUCUUUGGUACAUUUACAUUUAUACAUAUACAGUAUUGUGCAAAAGUCUUAGGUAGGCAAAGAAAAUGAUGUUCAGAUUAUCCUCGUGUUGGUGUAAAACUGUCAAACUGAUAUUAUGCCUGUCAAAGUGUGUCAGCUUAACCAUUUCAGAACCUCUGCUAAAAUCAUCCUGGUAUUUGCAGCGACCGUCCAGUGCAGCCAUGUAUUUUUUGACUUGGCCACUAGCACACCUCAUACAGUACAGCUAGUCAAUCUGUCACUGACUUUUUAAACCAAUAUAUUUAAUUGUUUAAUUGAGCUGUUGGUGAAAUUUAACAAAAUCAUGAAACGGCUGAGGUGCCUCUGAAGAGAAGUUUGGGAACUGAAGCGGUGUUCAUCUAGCCAUCCAACUAGAUAUCAGUGACUGUUUAGAAAAGAGAAGAAAUUAUUACUAGUUUUUACUAGUUACUCUUUUUGCACAUGUUCUAAUGUUGAAUUGUGUUUUUUGUUCUAAGCCAAAGUACAUUUGCUACCCAGAUAAACAGCUGAAAAUAUUUCUUCGGACUGCCUAAGACUUUUGCACAGCACUGUAGCUGCUGUAAAACAUUUUCUGACAUUACAUUGAUGUGCCGUGAGACAGUAUUGUUUGAUGAUGGAAUGGACUGUAUCGUCUUUUUUGCCUUUUCCCCCAACAUUGUCCCUCCCAUAUCUAUAGCAGCAGGGAGAACGAGGUCCUCCACAAUAGUGUGGGGUUUGUUGGUUGUAGCCUAUGUAACUGACCAUGUAAGAUGCUUGUAGUCUAUUUUUGUUCAUAGGAUCUCGCACUUGAAUGCAGAUUUUACUUGUUGAAAGUAAUUUUAGCUGCCGCUCAAAAUAUUCUCUUGGUUUAUUUUUUAAAUGGGGAUAAUUUGUCUCUAAAUGAAGGUUUAAUUGAGUUGUGAGACAAUACUUUUGCAUAAUUAUCACAUUAAUUAAUUUAUACAUGUGAACCCCAGUGAAAUAUAAUUGUCAUCAUAUUUGCUCUUCUUUGAUGAGGUUGUGUUACAGUCCGAGGUGACAUGCUCUCUCCCACUUUGAGGGUCCGCAUCAGACCCUUCAUCACUUUCCACAUGACUGUCUCCAGCUAUGCUAGCCACUUGGCUAGUAACCACAGAUACAUCCAUGCUACCAUCCCAGUCUGACGAACACAUUGUUGUUGAACAAUCACCUGUGCACACUGGCAAAUGCAUCUUCAGAUACGAGCUGAUUGGUGGUAGUGGCCGGUGUCUUGGUGGUAGGGCGUUUUUUUCUUGUUAUCCAUUUGUCCAUUUCGGCGCUGCACUGAAUGUCCUUGGAGGCAAUUUCGACAAUUUGGUGUCAGUCAAUUGGGCAAGUCACGCCCAUGUAUUUGUCAGUGCAAUUUUUUUGCUGAACACCAGAGGGUGGUAUAUACACAUGUAUUUAAUAGCCACAUCGGAUGGGCAAUAGCACGCAUCCCUGCGAUGCUCCAAUAUUAAUAGUUUUUAGGGAGGACAUGUGUGAAUUAAAUUUCACUUGCUGACAACGGUCAGUCAAGAAGUCAUAAAUCCAUAAUAUAAGUCUAGGGUUCACCCCAAGAUUUAACAAUUUCCUCACCAUCAGAUGCGGUUGGAUUGUAUUAGAAACACUACUUAAAUCAAUAAACACAACCUUAAUCAGGCUCCUUGCAUGUUCAAGGUGCUUAUAGACAUUAUUUAUCAAAGUAAGCAUGUCUUCAACCCCCUCUUAGCAUGGUAGGAAAAUUAGUUAGAGUCUAAAGAGUGUGAAACCUCAGAAAGAAGCUGUUGUAAAACAAUUUUCUCAAAACAUUAAAUUACUACAGAUUGAAGUGCAACUGGAUGCAAAUCAAGUUCUUUAGGUCUAUUGUUUUUGGGACUGGCACAAUUAACGUUUUUUUUUUCCAUAAGGUGGGAACCACACCAGUGUCCAAUGACAGCUGGAACAGCCUCUGGAAGGGCUGUGCCAGCUCAUCUGCAAGCAUUUUUAUUGUUCUGCUGCUAAUACUGUCAGGCCCACUAGCUUUACGUGGAUUAAUACGUCUGAAAAAUGAUUUUACCCCAUCAAUAGAGAUUUAAACACCAGUACCCACCAUGCCUCUUACCUCUGUGCUAGCUAAACACUGUUCUUUUUUUAAACCAUGUGUAUCAAAUCUACAAUAAAAAUGAUUUAACUCAUUAGCCAUAUCAAGCUCAUUAUCCACUGCCAUAAGAUGAUUCUUAGGCUUGUACCCUGUAAUUGCUUGUAGCCCUUGCCAUGCUCUUCUAGGAUUAUUUUUUUUAAAAAAACCUUCAAGUUUAAGUUUACAGUCCAUAAUCAGGUUUUUAAUUUUUCUCUGUACAGUUUUUUUUGUCUUCCCUAUUUCCACCUGAUUUAAACAGGCACUUUUAAGAAGGUGUUUUAAUUCCGAAGUCACCCAAGGUUUAUUGCUGGGAAAAAAUUUAAGUCUUUUUGGGUAUAAUUGUGUCCUCACAGAAUUGUAUAUACCCCGCAAUAGCAAAUGCUACUUCACUGACAUUAUUAGUCCCAUCAGGAACUACAUCCCAAUCUGUACGUGCAAAAUUUAUAUCACUUUAUGUAUUGUAACUGUAACGGCAAUAAUUUGCAAUACAAAACAAAUAACUGCAGGGUUGCUGACUCACGCAUCUGGUGUGACUCUUUCAGACUCUUAAGCUCAUGCAAGAAAUCUUAUUGCAAAUCUGUAUUAUUUCAUUAAAAAUCUAAAAUUAGCUACAUCAAAAGUUUUGGGACAGGCUAUUUACAAUGUAAUAAGAGUGCUACAUACACGUAAAUGUGUGUGCAGAUUUGUCUUGAAUUGAAAAUCUCACGGCAGUCAGCUGACUGAAGUUGCCAACACUGCAACUCUACAUAGCACAACUACAGAGUCGCCCUAUAACGUAACAUAAUGUCACAUGUCUCACCCCGAUAUACCCGCCCCCCCAAUGUUAAUAUAAAACGUAUGUCCCUGGACAUCCAAAUAUAGUAGCCUAAAGAUCCUCUAGGAAACUUAAUUCAAAUGUAUUUCAAACAUUAAUGGGCAUCCUUUAUCAAAAUCAAUAACAACAGUGAAUACACUACAGCAGGAUUGGCUAAUCUUAUCCGCAAAUGGCCGGUGUGUAUGCAAGUUUUUGGGAUUACCUUUAGGACAUGCAAAUGACAUCAUUUAGUUUCCCAUCACACCUGACACACAACAACAAGUUAGACAGGAGUUCAAAGGCUAACUAUGGGUUCCCUGGGGUCCUGAUGUGAUAGACUGUAUGCAUGUGCAACCACAUACCCCAUCACAAAAUGCAUUCGUUUGUGUGAACCAAAAGGGAACCCAUUCUAUCAACAUCCUGAUGAUUUACGAUGCAAUGUUUAAGGUGUUAUGUAUGAACCAUAAGUACUUAUAUGCCUAACCAUUAGAUGGCUCUGUGAUCUCUGUUUUAAGUAGAAGUUCUGUGUAACUAUAGUAAAAGGAACCAAAUAAAAAGGAGACGCUGAUUUGUGCUUGAGAA